UCAUUUGGCAAAUAAUAGACUGAUAGACACCUCAGCUAUAAAAGUUCCCCUUAUCUUAGCCUCUCUUGCAUUGCAGAAACUCACAAAACCCUUGCUUUGAGUGUGUAAAGAGAGCAUCUUUGGUUUGCUUUUCAAACAGAGAGAGAAAGAGCUAGAGGAAGCUGGUUAGUGAGAGGGUGACUAUGGAGGGCAAGGAAGAAGAUGUUAAGCUUGGAGCUAACAAGUUCCCGGAGAGGCAGCCUAUUGGGACAUCAGCUCAGACAGACAAGGACUACAAGGAGCCUCCCCCAGCUCCGUUGUUUGAGCCUGGUGAGCUCACUUCAUGGUCUUUUUACAGAGCUGGAAUUGCUGAGUUCAUUGCCACCUUCUUGUUCCUCUACAUCACCAUCUUGACUGUGAUGGGUGUGAACAGGGCUCCUAGUAAGUGUGCCUCUGUUGGCAUCCAAGGAAUUGCUUGGGCUUUUGGUGGCACCAUCUUUGCCCUUGUCUACUCCACUGCUGGUAUCUCAGGUGGACACAUCAACCCAGCUGUGACCUUUGGUCUCUUCCUGGCAAGGAAACUCUCCCUUACAAGAGCUGUUUUCUACAUAGUCAUGCAGACCCUUGGUGCUAUUGCUGGUGCUGGUGUUGUGAAGGGCUUCGAAAAUAAACAAUAUGAGCUUUUGGGAGGUGGAGCCAAUGUUGUUAACCAUGGGUACACCAAGGGUGGUGGUCUUGGGGCUGAGAUUGUUGGCACUUUUGUCCUUGUUUACACUGUCUUCUCUGCCACUGAUGCCAAGAGGAAUGCCAGAGACUCUCAUGUCCCUAUUUUGGCUCCUCUUCCCAUUGGGUUUGCAGUUUUCUUGGUUCACUUGGCCACCAUCCCCAUCACCGGAACUGGCAUCAACCCUGCCAGGAGUCUUGGAGCUGCCAUUAUCUUCAACAAGGACCGUGCUUGGGAUGACCAUGUAAUGGAUCUUCUGGGUGGGGCCAUUCAUUGGUGCUGCUCUUGCUGCUAUCUACCACCAGAUAGUCAUCAGGGCCAUUCCUUUCAAGUCCAGGGGCUAAUUUUCUUCCCACUCAGUGGUCACCCAUCUCUGCACCCCGUGUCUUCUUCGUCACCUUUUUCUUGUUGCUGUUCUUGAGAAAAAUGUGUGUAAAUUAAGUAUGCAGUACUAGUACUUAUGAUGUAUUCGAAGUUGUUGUGACAUGUUUUGAAUGGAGAAUUCUUUUAUGGGUUAGUUAUAUGCUGCUGAUGUGCCUUGUGUAUUCUACAUACCCUGAAAUGUAUUUUGGCUAAAUUGUGACUUUUUUUUUCGUCAA